UUAAUAGUUAUAAUAAUAAUCAUUGUGAAAUAUUUGCUAUUUUUAUAUAAUAAUAAAUUUGGUUUUCCCUCUAGUCUGUGGAAGGACGUCAGGUUCAGGAAAUAGUAUCAUCUAUUUUUCAUACCCUUCUUUUUCACAGAACUUUGGGAAAGUGUCAUUUCAAGAAUGAAGGCAAUAACUACACUGUUCGUACGAUGAAUUUUGAAGAUGUAACUUGUGACUUUGUUGAUUUUACUUAUGUACGCUGUGCUUCGGAAGAGUUAGAUAAUUAUGUGUCUAGGGAAAUCAAUUCAUUUUGUGCUGCCCUAAGAAGUCAAGAAGGUCCUUAUAGUGGUCAGAUUUCCCUUGAAUUCUAUCAGAAAAAAAGAACACACUGGCCUUUUCCACCGGAGUGCUCACCGUGGGAAGUCUGGACUCUGAAAGUGAAUGUUAUAUGCUUACCAAAUGAACAUGAGAGACAAGUAUACCGUGAAAAAAUGGGUGAUGUAUUAGCAGAAAAAGUGUUUGACAUAGUUUCAGCUAUGAACAAGUAUGAUUUUGUUCCAAAAAUUCCUAGUCAAGCUGAUAUUGAUUUAUAUUUUGAUACUUCAUAUACUGAUGUUCAACCAUAUUUAUUUAAGAUUUCACAUGAAACAUCAGGACCCACAAAUCCUUCAGUAGGAGCAGCAGUUCGUAGGUUAAUUAAAGAUACUCUAGCACUUUAAGAUGUGAAUAAAAAUAUGAUUUAUUGUGUGUAUUUUGCUGUUUGUAAAUAGGAUGCUUUUUCUAAAUGUGUUACUUAUUUUAAAUCAUACAUUUGUUGACAUCUGUAAAUGUAUAACCUUUUCUUUAGGUUGUAAUGGAGUUCCAGUGUGAUAAUUGUUUCGAACAUUACAUUAUGAAUAAUCUCACAAGAUUGUUUGAUAAGUUUAUAUAUUUUAUGAAUAAUAAAGCUACUUGUAUUUAGUUUCAGGUUAAUAUAAAUGCCUUUUCACUCUUGAUAAUGACAGUUUGAGAUAUCUAAAAAGCUUAUUAAUUUUUGGUAAAUGUUGGUAAAAAAUUCUGGAUGUUUUAAUUAAUCAAAUUUUGGAACAUCUGAAGUGUUCUUUUCAUAUUUAUUUCAAUUUUAAGUGCCUAAUAAAACCUUUUCCUCAUGCUUUAAUAUCUGUAGUGUUGAAAAUAUUUGUAUAAUAAUAACAGUAUCAAUAUAAUUAAAUGAAUUAUGAAAUUCUAGGAUAUCAAAUAAUUAAUUAUAUUGUAGUAGGGAAUUUACAAAAAAUUGAAGCACUUAAAUAUAUUAAAAUCAUAUAUGUAGUUAGUGCAAUUAAAAUUUGCAGUACUUAUCAAAAAUAAGAUUUAAAAAAAUCAUUAAUUAUAAUGGGUAAUAAAAAAUGUAGUUUUAUAAAUAGAUAUUAGCUUAAUAUUAAGUUCAUGUAAUAUUGCAGGCCUGUUUUCAUAUGCAUUAUGCAGUUGAAUUCUUUUAUUAAAUUUUAUAUUCCAGAAUAUGAUUCAAUGUUCUUAAAUGUUAAGCAUUAAUAGAAUCUCAAUAUCAGUUAUUUAGUGACCUAGUGAAAAUUUACAUAAUAAGCCAUGUUGUCAAUGAAAUGAUAAAUUAAAUAUAAUAGCAAAAUUAAUAACCAUUAUAUCAGAGUGAUCUAUGUUUGGGAUACACAGAUCUGUUGUUAUCAUUUUUGCAUAAAAGAUUAAAGUAGCCUAAAAACUUGCACUGUUGCAAAAAUCUGAAUUGAUUAUUUAUAUUAUUAGCAGCAUAGCUUUCAUCAAAUUUCUAAGAUGCUUUUUUGGCUUUCUUCAUGUGCUUACUGUUAAUCAUGAGAACUACUCUCAGCAGUAUAUUUACAAUAAGGCAGUCACUACAAUAACAGACCUUAUACAUUUCAAAUAAGCAUGGGUCAGAUGUUUUGUUAUUGGCAAAUAUUGCCCAUAGGAAAAAUAAAGCAAUUUUUAACAAAUAUAUUUUUAAUAAAAAUACAUAAAGCAAAAAGCAUGUAUUACCAUCUCAUCAUUAAAUGCAUCAAGAAGGUAAACUUAAAUGUAUUUUUUCAAGACACUCCUAUAAAAAAUGAGUUAGGGCUUGUUUCUGUGGCCACAGAUAGCUGCAGACAUUCUGCUGAGAAGUGUUCUUGUGGUAAGACAGUAUACUGGAAUAGGAAAAGCAAUGCAGGUACAAUUUACAUGACAAAACUAUGUGUAUGACAAAAGUAAUUUAUGCUGCUAUUUUAAAAUGAUGGUCUUAUUCGCACAAAAUUGCAUACUGGCUCAUAAAUAAUUAACUUUAAAAAUUUUUCUCUGUGUAUGUAAAUGCUGAAAUGAUAUGUAUAGUCUAGUAUUAAGGAUUCUGACAACUGUACCAUUUCUUAUCUUAAUCACCUUGUCUAGUCCUUUUUUAUAUGAAUUUUCUUUGCAUGCUUAUAUUUCACAUCUGCUAUUAGAAUACCCCCUCUGAUAGGCAGUAUAAUUAAAAAAAAAAAAAAAAAAGUACUAAAAUAAAUAUUUUUCAGCGUUUUAUGUAUUAUAUCAUUUUACCCUUUAGAUCCAAUUUUCUGUAUUACCUUCUUUAUAACAAAUUUUGAAAGCAUUGAGAAAUCUUUGUUCAAAAGACAAAAUAAUAUUUAUUCAUGCCAUUUGAUAACUAGAAAGUUAUAAAAAUGUCAUAAAAUAAUAAAAAAAGUACACAAA